AUGGACGUCUUUUUGUGGGUGCCUUGGAAAGAUACGAACACUAACACAGCAUCCAAGACCAGACUAACCUCCACCCUCCGCCUCCUCAUUCCGCGCCUCCGCCUUCUCCAGAGAAAGGACACCGCCUCGUCCGUCAUCCAGCGCCGCGAACUUGCCACGCUCCUGGACGAAGGCCGUGAGUCCUCCGCCCGCAUCCGCGUCGAGAAUGUCAUCGCAACCGACAUCGCCGUCGAGGUCAUGGAGAUGGUCGAGCUAUACUGCGAGCUGCUCCUCGCGCGCGUCAAUGUCCUCGAUCAGCUUGCCUACAUUGACGCAGCGCUCGACGAAGCCGCCGCCGUGAUCUUCUACGCGUGGCCGCGCUUCCCGCAUGACGUGCGCGAGCUGACCAUGCUGCGCGGCAUGCUCGCCGAGCGCUGGGGCAAGGAGUUCAUGACGCUGGCGCAGGACAACAAGCUGGUGGACGUGAGGGUGCCGGAGCGGCUGGUCAAGGGACUGCGUGUGAAGCCGCCGGCGCAAGAGCUCGUCGAGAGCUAUCUCCGGGAGAUUGCAAAGGCGUAUGGGAGUUCGUGGGGAGCACAGGCCCAGAGCCAGAGCCAGAGCGAGAGCGAGCUCGGCGAGGCGCCCCGGGAGUUUGUCGGCGAUCGGCCUGGCGAUACUGACCAACCUGGCGAUGGCGAUGGCGAUGGCGACGCUGCCGUCCCCUCCACGCCGACCCGGCCAGUCAACAUGGCUGAGGCGCGGCGCGCUUCUGAGACCUCGGAGUUGAAUAAGGCGACGCCACCCCGGGGGUUCCAGUCCGUCAAGAGCCCCGUCAGUGUUGCGCCGCCGGGGCCGCGGUCAGAUAACCCCAAUCCACGUGUCAAGGUUCCCGGCAGUGAGAUCCAGUCCGAGACGCAGGUGGAGGAGCCUCCCAGGGCGCGGAACGGUAAUGCGGGUGGUUCGGGGGGGAUACCGGAAUUGGAUGAGCUGGCUCGACGGUUUGCUGCAUUGCGGCGGUGA